AUAGUGUGAUUGCUAGAACGACAGCAAGUAGAUUGUAGUUUGCGCGUGAAUCAUGGGAAAGAGAGCGAAACGAGGACAAACUGGCGGAUAAUCAUCGCCAAAGGACCGAAAUAGAAACGGUGAAGCAGCGAGUGUGCCGUGAGGCACGUGGACCCAUUACGGUCUCGGCCGGAGCGUUGGCGCUUGGGCUUGUUUGUCGAGCGUUCCGCGCGUGAAUCGGUAACGCACGUUUCUGCCUUUACCUCUAUUUAUUUUUCUGCCUAUACCUCGGUCUCUGCCUCGACCUCGCAUGCGGAGAUUAAUCUCAUCCGGCACAUGAAGCACGUACAAGCGUGACGGUUGCGCAAUCGUGAAUACGUGCGGUGCGAAAAUUGGUCGCUCGCAUGCGGUCGAGACUAGGAAGGAGUCGGACCGCUCUUGCUGCUUGCAAUUGGAGGAAUGAUUAUUCCUGACUGGUGUUGAAUCAGGGGCGCGCGCGCGAUUAUCUCACGCCCGCUUCUAUCUCGAUUUAUCAUCAGUGUCGGUCUGAUACUGGUGGAUACUGGUAACCAGCUCUAGCGUGGACGACGAGUGAAUUAUCAACGCACCUUGCACUGUCAAUUAUGAGCAACGAAUUGAAGACGAUUGAGUUGCGCGAAUUGCAGCCAAUACUUAGCCGCACGUUUGGCGAUCGGUUGAUCGUGAUGCGUUACACAACUGACAACCUGUUGCCGCCCGGCGAGAAUUAUGGCAGUACCAUCUUGAAGGUUCACGCGGUAAUUAAGCGUGACGAUGACGCGGAAGAGGAGGAUCUUCAUCUCGUGGCGAAAAUGCCUCCGCCGACGGAGUACCAACGGCGAAUCUUCGACAGUCCGUAUACCUUCAAAAAGGAGAUCUUUAUGUAUGAGCACAUCUUGCCGCAUUAUCAAGAACUGGAGAGAGAAGCCGGAUUAAAAGAAGACGAGCUAUUCGACGUACUGCCCAAAUAUUAUCAAUCCCGAUUCUCUUUGAGCCCAGACGUGGAAUUCGAUGACGAUGCCGUUAUCUUAAUGGAGAAUUUAAAGGCGCGUGGAUACUAUACUGGUAACAGGGCGAAAGGGUAUGACCUCGAGCACUCGAGAGUCGCGAUACGAGCGAUGGCCAGAUUUCACGCGCUCGGAAUGACUAGUAAAUAUAAGCGUGCCGACUAUUUCGAGAUACUGAAACAACGUAGCAAGUGUAUAGAUUUCAAGACCGACGAAUUUGAGCAAGUACAAAAAGACAUGGUAACUAAGAUGGCAGAGGAUCCGCAGAUAGCCGUUCACAUCGAUCGCUGCAAAUCAGCCUUGAGCGACAUGAUGGACACUCUUUGGACCGCCGUGCCCGAGGAGCCCUGGUCCACUAUUAUCCAUUCGGACUUCUGGGUGAACAACAUUAUGUUCCACUGCGAUGAGAGCGGUCACGUGGAUGACGUGAAAUUCGUGGACUUUCAGAACUACCUGUUCUUCAGUCCGUUGCGCGAGAUGAUAUUCUUCGUGCUUUCCAGCACGAACGACGAUGUGCAUGAUGAGAAUAUCGAGGAACUAAUAGAUCUUUAUCACGAGACAUUCGUCGUUGUGCUGAAACGAAUGGGCUGUGAUACAGAGCCGUUCACAAGGGAGAAGUUCGACGCCAAGCUGGCAAAGGAUGCCAAGUACGAGUUUCUACACGUGUGCUUUAUGCUCAAGGUAGUCACUCUGGACGUGCAGGAGACAGAGUUUAACUAUGAUAAAAUAGAGAGCGUCAUGUUAUCGUAUCAGGGUAAUCAAGCGUUUAUUCAACGGUUGCGCAGAGUUGUGCUAUAUCUCAUUAAACGAAAUUGGAUCUAGGAAUAAAAUAAAAUGGGAAGAAAGCAUGGCGCUUUCUUAAUAUGCCUAUGUACGAGGGUCGUUUGAUAAGUCCUUAAAAAAUAUACACACACACACACACACACACACACACACACACACACACACACACACACACGUCAACUGUGUAACAGUCAAUGUGAUAUUAGUGCGACCCUCUCAUAUAUUUUCUAAGGACUCAUCAAACGAUCCUCGUAUAAAUAUAUAAUUAUAUAUCAUUUAUUAUUGCGCACGUACAGUAACGCAAUGUAAUUCAAACCAUUACUGUAUAUACGCGUUGUUUUAUUCUAUUUGCCUUUGUAUUUUAUAAGUAUAAUUUCUAAGAAUAAAGAAAUAUAAUUUUAUAAAAAGAAAGAAAUAUAUAAGAAUGUUAUAAGAACGUGAUAAAUUAUGGACAAACAAGGUGGAUGUAACAAGUUUAACAAAUAUAAAGUAUAUUUUUUACCA